AUGGCGCUCGUCCACAGUCCGAUACCCGUACCGCCUGAUGCGGAGAGGCCGGAGAUAGACACCGAGACAGUGGAAGAGUUGUGGGAAGACAAGCACAAUCACAACGAUGGCCAGAAGACGGUAGAUACAGCAUUGGGCGACGAUACAACACAACGCCCUCUGUCUUUAUUCGAGCGAGUCAUUACCACGCACACCCCAAUCCUUGAAUCCCUCUUACUCCAGACGCCGACCGCAGCCAUCCUCAAUCUCUCCCACACCUCGCGCUACCUACGAUCCUUUCUCCGGUCGUAUCCAACAGCAUGGAAAUACUUGUCGUUCCGCUUGCUAUACCCCUCCGGCACGCAGUCGCCUCUGCGGAUUAUCCUCCCGGGGGCGUCCGACCCCAGAACACCACGCCAGUCUCGCCCGUAUGCUUUGGACCAGCUGCUGAUGAAUGUGGUGGUGCCGUUUAGCCCGUGUCUAAAAAGCCUGGAGCUGGAUAACACGGCGGUAUCUGGACAAAUACUCAUUGCGACCGUUUUAAAUCCGCGGCGGGAGACGCUGGAACACGUCUCUGUGCGCGGGUGCAAGAAUGUCUCGCUGAAAUACCACAUCAUCCCAUACCUGACCAUGUUCGGGUUGCAGUACGAUGUCAGCAUGGAGAACAGCAUUGGCAGCUCUCCGGCCACGCAGCGUCUUGCGCUGAAAAGCCUCUACACUUAUCGAUGUCGCCAUCACCGAAGACGGCCUUAUCUCUCUUCGUCUCUUACGCGAAAAGAUUCCGACUCUGAACCGACUCAUGAAUUGGUGAAUCUCUGUCAUAAGCUUGGAAUCUGGACGGAUACGGCGUGGUGCUCGACCCCGGCUGGAAGGUGUUUCCGGAGGCGAGGAUAUGUGGCAAUGCGUGCUCCGCAGGGCUCACCGGAAGUGUGGGUGGUGUUUGAUCGGCUGUGGAGGUCAAAGAAUUGGAUCGGCCCAAUUGAGGGAUCAAGCAGUCGGCCAACACAGAGGGACGGUAAGUUGUGGGAGCACGAUGAGACUGGGUGCUUCGGUGAAGCUCUUGGGACCGGGGAAAAGAGAGACAUAGGAGAGGGGAAGAUGUUGCCAGCACACUUGCGUCGUAGUCACCGACGGUUUGUCGAGAAUAUCCGCUGUGACAAUUGCUGCGAGUUGGUUUCGGAGCGAUGCGAGCAGUGCAGUAUCCUGAUGCAUUGCGUCGGGUGUCGGAAAACUCUCUGCGCCAGCUGUGCCUACGAACGGCCAUACCUUCACGCUCAAGCGUCGAAGAAUACAACGACAGGUUCUUUUUGGUGGGCUCCAGGCGCUACUACUUCGCCCUGUUCGAUGCACGAUCCUGCUGAGAACGCUGAGGAUCCAGCGGCACAGCCCAACACCCCUCUGUCGUAUCCCGCAUUAAAAUUCCACUGGUGCUGCACCGAGCCGAUAUUCUCUGGAGGCGGAGGUAUCAGCAUUGGCACGCCAAAUCGCGAUGUCGAUCAAGUCCGCGCAGCUCCCUUGCCCCGUGGCGAGGGCUGGGAAGACCUUGAGUACUCCGCGCAGGAAUGGAGCAAAUCGUUCCCCAAGUAUGCCUACGGUGACCCUCACAAACCGGAUUACAGCCUUGAAGCUGGACAUAUUGCAAUGAUGAAGUGGCUGCUUGGUCCGCCAGAUCGACAGCCUUCCGCUUGUCCUCGAAAUCUCUGCAAGGAGUGCUAUGACACGCCCCAGUGGAAGGUUCACUGCAAGACAUGUUCAAAACCGUUAUGCAUAGAACAUGAUCUGCGUGGGCUACGCCUACGGAUAUGUGGAUAUCGUGAUCUUACACUAGAAAAGCUAGCUAUUCAGAACCGAACUGAGACGACGGCAGUAUCUCAAACGGAUGAGCCGGCGCCACCUCUCCAAAAUACCGCAACUACAGGUUUCGACCUUCCAUACAGAACGCAGCGAACAGUUGAUUCCACUACGAGCAGUUUCACUGAAGACCACCCUGCCGACGUCAACCCGCAACCCAGUACAACAUCCAGCUCCGCAGUUCCACCCCUCCGCCGCUCCCGCAGCAUAUCCGCCUCAAAUUCCAACCGAUCCCGAUCAUCUUCUCCAUCCAUCUACUCUGACUCGCCUGUGGAACAACAAACCCCGAAAUGGCAAGGCUGCCAAUCUUUCUUCUGCCCUCAAUACCGCCCUAUUGGCGACCAGCGCUCCCGCUGCGCCAGCGUCCUGCGCGAAUGCACCAGUUGCUCUGUCUUUGUUUGUCAAGACUGCGUGUCCCGCCAUCCACCUUGCAAAUGCUCCUACUGCGAAACCAACUACUUGUGUCCGAACUGCGCGAAACUUCGAGACCGUGACGGGACUUGCCGUCGUGCAGAAGAGGAAAAGGCUCGCCGCGAGCAGAAACUGCAGCGCGAUAUGCAGACGUUAGAGCGGAUUCUGGAGACGAAGCUUGCCAAUGAAGUUGCGGAGUAUGCGGGACAAUUCUUUGGCUUUGUCGAUUCCUCGAACUCAACGGGUCUUCCUAACUCGGUUUUGGCCGCUAGCGAUGAAGAAGUGGAAGUUGAGGUCGAUGUCGAGGCACCUCAUCAUCCUUCUGCUUCGUCUCCCCACCACGUCGAUGUGCACGAAAGCCUGCAGCUUCUUCUUAUCCAAACUCUGCUAGGCUCUAACGAAUAG